CAUGUCCCCGUAGGUUAGCGUGCUUCAUAGUUAUUCAAUGAUUCAUAGAGUCACUUUAACUUUAGAUAAAGUUUGGGCUCAUUACGUUCCCACGUCUAAUGAUGAAGAAUGGUAAAAGAGAAACGCGAGAGGGCUACCUCCGAAUUUUCAUACCAUUGUGUGCUUCGGAUUUUUGCCUAUUUUUGUCUACAAUGAUGUGUUCGUACACGAGCAAUGAAUACGGACACGAUGUAUUUUGGGACCUGACAUUUCCGAACAAAACUGUGUCCAACAGCAGUGAAGAGGUUGUGUGUGAUACAGACACAUCUCCUCAAGGAUACCAGGGCAAGGAGAUUGUCCAGAAAGCUGUGGCUAGAUGGAACUUAUUCAUAUCGAUAGCACAUGGUGUGCCAUUGCUCAUUUCCAGCUUGUUACUAUCUCCAUUGAGUGACUUUAUGGGGCGGAGGCCGUUUCUUUUCCUUGGAAUGUUUGGUAUUUGCAUCAAACAGCUCUUGAUGACUGUAGCCAUCAUUUUCCAAUGGGACGUGUAUUUCUUUAUUCCAUUUACAACCAUAGAUGGUUUUUGUGGAAGUUGGGUGGUUCAGCUCGCCAUCGCACUGUCUGUUGUUUCAGACCUUAGAACGGCAGGGAAAACCAGGUCAUAUUUAAUUACAGUUUUUAGCUUUGUGUUUGGCGUUGGGUUUUCCCUUGGGACAUUCCUAUCCGGUUUCUUCGUCGAGUUGCUGGGUUAUGAGUACUCCAUGGCGACAUCUUGUGGAGUGGCUGCCUUAGGUUUUAUCAUUACGUGCUUCAUUCCCGAGACGCUGACGAAAUCAGAAAGAAAACAACACCAUUUCAGUUGUAUGGGAAAUUUCAAAGACAUUUUGAAAUUUUACACGACAGAUGAUCUUACUUAUCCUAAUUCAACUCGAUGGAAGUACAUCACUUCAGUGUGUUCGCUUAUUUUUGUCAUGUUGGGUAGACUCGGCUCUUAUGCAUUCGAAACAUUGUAUCUAUUGGACUCGCCAUUUUGCUUCAGUCCAGAGAAAAUUAGUAUAUUUGAGACAGCGAAAACAUGUCUUUCCGAAGUUAUUAUUUUAGUGGGUAUUAAAGCAAUGCAGCAGUGUCUGACGGAUGAAACCAUUGCCUUUCUUGGCACGACAUCUGCAAUGUGUUGUUUCGUGUUGUUUGGAAUCGCCUUGUCGCCGAUGUAUCUCUAUAUAGCCGUCGUUGGAAGUAUGGGGAUGAGUGCUCUACCAAUGAUCAGAGGAAUCAUGUCCAAGAUGACCCCUCCUCACAAUCAAGGUGCUAUGUUUGGCAGUCUAGCAGUUGUGGAGAACAUUUGUAAUCUGUUGGGUUCCGUCCUUGGCAGCGCCAUCUACUCGGAAAACGUGUCGUUCUACAAGGGUACAGCGUACCUCGUGUUUGCUGGCUUUAUGUCAAUCGCUUUGAUACUGUUGCUGUUUUUGGUGAAAGACUCCAUACGGAAGCAUCACUUGAGGGAGUACAGUCCGAUACCGUAACGAAUUGACCCGAAUCAUGGACUACAAACCAACAAUAUAAAUUAUGUAUGCUAUGUAACCGUAGAAUCAUGGAACAGCUAUGUUAAUGCACUUCAUCACCGGAUUCUGUCACAAGUACAAACAAUAUCUACCGUGUAAAGUGUAAAUUCAUUUGUUAAAACUAAAUGACACUGCCUGUCUGGAUGAAUAUGUCAUGUUUGUAGAAUAAAUACACAGUCAAGAGAGAAA